AUGAUAUUUUAUAUUGUUAUUAAAAACAUUCUAAUCUAUGAAUUAUAUCGAGAGAAUUCAAGCCUAACAAUUUCUAUAUAUAUAUAUUUAAUAGAUUUUAAAUAUCUAAGUAAGCAUAUAAAACCCUUCUAAUUAUUGGCAAUCCCCACUACAUAUGCACCAUAAUUUAUAGAAGAAAAAUGUUAUUCGCUUUUGGCUAGUAUGGAGAGUAGGUGGAUUUUUUUAUGA